CACGAAGUUGUGAAGAUUUUACCCAAAUGCACAAUCCGUGCGGACUGCGGGCCGUAAAUAAAAAAAAGUUGUGAAUUAAGAUUGUUUUGGUUUUAGGUUAUCUUAUGUUAUUUUUAUAAUUUUUUUGUACGUCUGCUUUUCUUAAAUUCUCAAUAACUUUUCUUCUCCCGGAUUCUUAAGAAUAUUUUAUUUGUAUUAUUAAUGGCUCCUAAAAUCCCAGAUAGGUGGAUACCUUACAAAGCUUUUGGUAAAGUUAUAGAAGGCACAAGAAUUAUUUGCUUCAAAGUACCUUUGAGACGGGUUGUACAAGCACACAACACAGAUAUAAAGGAAAUAUGGGACAUCAAAACUCUCCUAUUUGAAAUUCCAAGAUUAAGAGCCGUUAUAGAUUUGACAAAUACAAAUCGCUACUAUGAUCUCCAGGAAUUGAAGUCUGCGGGUGUUCUGCAUAAGAAAAUAUUAAUGCCAGGUCGCAUAAUUCCGCCCGAGGACAAAGUGACCGAAUUCAUGGACACCGUUGACGAGUUUCUGGAAAAGGAUGACGCAUCGUUAGUUGGAGUCCAUUGCACGCAUGGUUUGAAUCGCACAGGCUACAUGGUGUGCCGAUACCUUCGGGAUCGACUCCGGGUACCGGCUUCACUUGCUAUUGAGAAAUUUGAAAAGGCACGUGGUUAUAAAAUAGAAAGAGAAAAUUACAUCGCAGAUCUUCUUGGCAAAACCCCGCCCCCACCCGAUGUAGGACCAAAAACUGACAUAAAACCAUUGGUUAAUGAAAAACCAUGGAGACCUUACAGGGAUCAUACAAUUGAAGAGAUAAAACCUAAGAGGGAUAAAAGAAAACGUCACAUUUCUAGCGAAACAGAUGAGAGAAAAAUCAGAGAUAGAUCGAGGGAAGAUAGAAGACAAAUUACAUAUAGAUCACCUCUUGCAUAUGAAGAAGAAGUGGAUGGACAUAUCAUGCGGUAUGGGAAACGGAGACCCGAUGGAAGCAAAAACAGACAUAGAAAAAGAAAAAUCAGUAGUGAUGAUUUCGAUUUUAGAUAUGACUAUUAGUGCUCUUUAUUUAAUAAUGACGUAAUAAGGACGAGAAGAGAAACUUAAUGGUAAAUAUACUUAAAUGUUAGGCAGGAUAGGACCUUCAACACUUCGUACACAACAGACAGUUUAAAAAUAUAUGUUCUCAAAAUGUUAAAAAGUUUUCAAUAGAUAUAAUAUUGUGUGUACAAGACAACAGUUUGAGUUGGUUAAAAUGGUUUGGGUUUUCCCAAUCUUUGUGCCAUGCUUGUUAUAUAAUCGUACCUUUCUAAGAUUCUUAUGCCAUGAAAUAGGCAUUUUCUUUUGCGAACUAGCGAACU